CAAGCCUCUUUAAGUCUACUAAAUUAUUGUUUUGUUAGUACAACCGUCUUUUAUUUUCUUGUUUCUAGGACACUCAUCUAUUUUCAAGGAAUGAAUAGACUGAAAGUUUUGACGGGUUUAUGUCUAUGUACGAUAGUUUUAAUCAUCUGCUGGACAAGGUCAGACACCCAUAACUCAUUGAGCUUAUAUCAUCAUUACAUAAGUGACGAUCGCGUGAUUAAAACGCAUGGUCAGCAAGUAAUGACACUACAUCCUCGAGAUAACUUCCAACGUGACCAACGGCAGGGUAACACAAACGAACUACCACUACCAAUAUCAUAUUCUGUUCAAAAAACCUCAAAAAAUCACCAGUGGAGCACAGGAGAGUUACCAAAUUCCAACAACCUGAAAGUGGGUAUUGUGUACACAAAACCCUCAGCCAAUGGUAGCUGGGAGCUCGAUCAAUCGAUCUGCAAUGAUGUACCCGUGUUCAAGUCCGUAAAACUAAAGACCAAGGCCGGUCCAGUGGACAUCUAUAUUCAUGAUCCCAGAAAGGACGCGUGGGUUAGUGCCGCGCUAUCGAGAGAAGGAACGUGGGAACAAAACACAAUGGAACUGAUAAGUACAUUGCUACAAGAAGAAAGAGAUGCUGCUCUUUUGGACAUUGGUGCUAACAUUGGCGUGUAUACAUUGGCUGCAGCCACGCUAGGGUUCAAGGUCAUAGCUGUCGAACCCCUAAAAAUAAACGUACAGAGGAUUUGUUCAUCUUUACGUGCAGGCAACUUCACAAGGAAUGUGACAAUUGUAAGAAGUGCAUUAUCAAAUAAUUUACAAAAGGUUACUCUCGGAAUAGUGAUAAACAAUGUUGGCGGAGCGUACGUCCUUCAGGAUAAGCAUGCAAACAAGGCCAAGUCAGAGCUCGUGACAGGAAAAUACCCAGAUAUGGUUUGGACAGCAAAGCUGGACGAAAUAAUUAAACUACCGGGAUUCAAUUUCAAGAAGGUUAUCAUCAAAAUGGACGUGGAAGGUUAUGAAAAUAAAGUUUUGAGUGGAGGACUACACUUUUUUGAUGUAAUAGAAAUACCGAUAGUCUUGAUGGAAUGGAACUACCAUAAACAUGCUUUAAGUGGGAAGAAGAUAUUGGCAUUUUUCGGGGAAAGAAGUUAUAAACCAUAUUCCCCUGUGAAAAAUAUGCAAUUAAAUAUAAAUCACUCGAAUGAAUGGCCUGCUGAUAUUUUAUGGAAAAAAGAGUAAACUUUAAUAAACA